AUGUCUAGUUGUUCGCAUCCUACCUCAGCUCAGUAUGUAGACCGCGCCCGCGGCACCAUCACUUGUACUUUAUGCGGUGAUAUCGUGCAGGAUCCUCAACUCGAAUUGGAUCCCAUAUUUGCACGUGGUGAUAAAGGUGGAAGGUUACGGGCUCUUGGCCAUUUGCGACCCACACGUGGCUCCGUUAGUGUUCGUAUGCCCUCCGCCAGACCUUCAAUCGAGGCCGCUCGUCGCGGGAUGGCGACAAUUGCACGACAAUUAGAUGUAAGUGAUGACAUGGUGGAGGCAGCACUGGGGCUUUACAAACUCGCAGUUAGUCUUAACGCGGUGUCUGGCGCCCGACCAGCUAUUCUUUGCGCUGUUUUGUAUGCCAUGUGCCGUCGAGAACGAACAUCUCAUAUGGUGUUCGACUUCGCGGAUGCCACCGGGGAGAGUCCAUAUGAUAUAUUAUCAUACAUGCAUCUCGUUUGCGAAGCUACCCGGACUGAGGUACCUGUCAUUGACCCAUCAUGUGUCGUGCAUAGGUUUGCUGAGCAAAUGAAUUUAGGGCAAAUGACGAGAUCAGUAGUGGUUUGCGCACUAAAGGUUCUGCGUGCCAUGCAUGACGACUGGAUAGCGUGCGGUCGGCGGCCGCUUGGCGUAUGCGUUGCCGCCCUUUUAGUGGCAUGUUACAUGUUUAACAUCCCGCGAUCCCCUGACGAAGUUUGUGGUUUCGUGAGGUUAACCGCAGGGACCAUAUCUAGGCGUUUGGACGAAUUUGCGGCCACAAGCACAGCAGCCUUGGAUAGUAUUGAUAAGUAUACAAGGGAUGACAGCUCACUUCCACCAGCUUUCACCAGUGCUACGAAAAAGUAUGAUGGGGACAAGCGUGAUGCAGAGCUGCGGCAAUUGUCAGCAAUGUAUUACGAGCUUGUGGCCGAAGCGAAGGUUUCAACCCCAAGCACCCCAGAUCGCUGCGAAAAGUGGAGGCAUUUUUUACUUUGCCACUGUGCGUUAGAGGGGAAAACUCCAAGUGACGCUAGUUUAGAUUUAACUACAUUAACCCCUCAGCAACAGUUGCAGAUUCUUGGCCUGCCCAACACCAAGCCGAUCGACUCGUCGAAGGCGCGGGCAAGUGUGAAGGAAGAGGAGGACAAAAUUAUGGUGAAACUUGAGCGGGUCAAGCAGGAACCCGUGCGACAGGAACCGAGUACACCUGAGAAGGGAGCACCACCUGUACCUAAUGCAGGGAUGUCUCUUUCCGAAAUGACCGAUUAUUAUCGUAUGUUAAUGACACGUGAUCCGAAUGUGUUAGAUAUCCGUCGCGAUUUCGAUAUGGAGGCUGUCAACCCUGAUGAUGUGGUGCCGGCACCUCAACUGCCUGAGGAAGAAGCUGUAGUGAAGACAGAAGGUGCAGCAGAGGCCAAAUUCAAAAUAGAUCCCUGUCUAGCCGAGGUAUUGUAUGAUAAUGAGCGUACCCUCGCACUGCCUUGGGAGUUUAUUGUGUUGCAGGAUCCAGAAUUAGACGACAUGACAGACCUUGAACCAUAUCUGGUGCUUGAUAACGAGGAACGCUUGAGACGCCAAAAAGUAGGCGAGGCGCUGUAUGGGGAAAGUUGGAAUCUCGGCGCUGCUCGCACGAAGGAGGAAAUUGAGAGACUUGAAGAGUCGCAUUCGACACGUAAGCGCCGCCGUGAACCCAUUAGGGAGCAUCUAACGGUGCAGGACGCGGUGUCCCAGGCACUUCGACGCCGCGGUGCAUCUACCAUUAACGUUUCUCAAAUUGAUGAACUGAUUCCAGGUCUUGCGGGUUUAGAAAACUCAGCGGAGGAUGAAUGGGUCGCUUAG